GGCGCGGCAGCAGCAUGGAGAAGGCCGGCUCCCUGCACGCCUCGGUGCCGGCGCCGCCGCCGCGCCUCUACCUGCCGCGCAACUUCAGCUGCAGCGCCUGCCUGUACGGCAGCCUGGCCGAGCCCUGCAAGGGCGGCUGCAGCCCGGAGAGCGAGGCGGUGGAGCCGCUGCCCGCGCCCGCCUCGCCGCCCGUCACCCGCGAAGCCCAGGCCGCCCGCCGCUCCUCCUCGCCGCCGCCUCCUCCGCGCUCGCCCUCGCCGCCCCUGCCCUCGCCGCCGCCGGCCACCCGCGGCCGAGAGGCCUCCCUCCCGCCCGUGCCGCCCAGCCCGACGCUCCGCCGCCGCGCCAAGUCGCUGCCCACGCCGGGCGAGCGGGGCCUCCGGCCGGCCCUGCAGCAGAGCCCGUCGCGGCGCAAGACGGUGCGCUUCGCCGACUCGCUGGGGCUGGAGCUGACCGCCGUGCGCCACUUCUGCCAGGCCGACGUGCCGCGGGUGCCGCCGCCGCCGGCGGCCGCCUCGCCUCUCCCGCGCGGCGCCGACCUGCUGAAGACGCGCAAGCCGCCGGCGCUGGGCGAGCUGGAGCCGGUGCUGUUCGGGCCGCCGGCGCCGGUGCUGGAGCCGCUCUUCCCGCCGCAGCCCGGGGCGGGCGCGGCCUUCGCCGAGCGGCUGCGGCAGCGCAAGGUGCAGCUGGAGUGGGUGCGGCCCGAGGCGGCGGGGCUGCGCGGCGCCGUGCGCGUCCUGAACCUGGCCUACGAGAAGAGCGUCUCGGUCCGCUACUCGCUCAACCGCUGGGCCAGCUGCAACGAGGUGCCCGCCGCCUACCUGCCGCCGCCCGCCGCCGCCCCCGACGGCCGCACCGACCGCUUCGCCUUCCACCUGCCCGUCGGCGCCGGCACCACCCUGCUCGAGUUCGCCGUGCGCUACCGGGUGGCCGGCGCCGAGUACUGGGACAACAACGAGGGCCACAACUACAAACUGCGCGGCAGGCAGCGGCCCGACGGCCGGGAACCCGACGGCGGCGGCGCCUGGAUCCACUUCAUCUGAACCGGGCUGGGCUCGGGUCUCUCCGGGACUCCCCCCCCCGGGGUGGGGGAAGCGGGCGCCUUCCGUCCGUCCGUCCGUCAGUCCUUGCUUCUGUUGGAAGAAAAGUCUUCAUCGUGGUUCCAACACUUCGACGGGGGAAAAAGGACCGAGGAGCGCGGAAACGGGACGGCCCUCUCCCCCCCCCCGUUUUUAGUUAAGUGCUAAAGUGGGCAAACGACCCUUCGGAGGGCAAUUGUGCAGAAGAAUGGUUGAACCCAGAGGCUUGACGGGGGCGGCCCCUGCGACCCCUUGUCUGGCCUUGGAAACCAAGCUGUGCUUGGUCUGGUUAGAGCCUGAAUGGGAGACCCCUGAGAAAUCCCACAGACUAGGCUAGAUGAGUAAAUUGGUACAUCAAGUCAACUCAGCUCAUUGAGUUGAGCUUCACAUUGAUGUCUUUACUUCCCUUUGGGGGAGGGGUGCAUUUUUUUUCUUCCAAGAGGUCAGGAGGGGCUGGGAUUGUUCCCUUGGACUUGCCCCACAAUUCACCUGCCAGUGACCUCUUCCUUUGGCCAGCUCCUUGACUUGCCAGAGUAAAAGCCGAUUAAAUGUCUGACUUCUUCAAAUGCCUAAUCCUCCAUCAUGGGAACAGAAUGAAGACAAGCUUUUUCUGCCCCCUCCCACCCAGGUCACUUUUCUAUGGGGAAGGGAUUUCAAGAGGGGAGAGUGACCCCCCCCCCCAAGAGCCUUUUUCUGAAUUGGAGAUGUUGCAGGCACAAGUGAUUUGAAAUGCAAAUUCCUAGUGAAAGUUCCCCUAUUGUUUUUUUUUUUUUUUUUUUCUUAACUGAAACAAUCUUCUGAAAUAAACACCAGGAGCAACCAUGUCAGAUUGGCUGGACGCUGGUGGUAUUGCAACCCAUGUUCACAAAAACAGCUUUUUCAUCCCUGUUAAAUCUACUGUACCUUUCCCACCCACCCACCUACCCCCAAAAAGGAACAAAUGAAAGUUUGUUUAGCUGGAUCAACCAGGGGCAACACAUCUUUGUCAGGUGUGCUCCACAGAGCUGUGGAACUUCACAUAAUUCAAGGACAUUCAGGUGUCCUUGGAGAGUCGAAAGCCUAAUACUUCUGAAAAACACCAGAAUGGGAAAGAUGGAUGGGAACGGAUUUUUUUUUUUUAAUGCUGCCAGCAGUGGCAAGAAGAAAAGAAAAAAAAAACAACAACAAUCUGAGACCUGCUUUGAGAAGGAUCACAAAGGUUAAGGAAAGGGGGGGGCGAAUCUUGUUUUGCAUGCCUGCCUGCCUGCCUUGCAACAUUUGUCUAAUAUGUAGAUGAUCCCAACUAACCAUUCCAAAGCUGCGUGGGAGCAGCCUGGGCCGUGUCUGGUUGUGCUGCAGUGUGACGGAUCUUAGGUUUGCACUUCUGUUCCAUCAAAGGCUCUGCACCUUGGUGCCUGAAAGGUUAUCGCUGAGAUUUUUCAACAUCCGGGAACCUCUGACUUUAUACUCAAAUUCCCACAGCCUUCUCUCUUUCUCAAGCUCUGGUCUGGACCAUAAGACCUUGUCUGGUGUUCUCACGGGUAUCUUUUCCUCUGCCAUUUCUUCCCUUGCUGUCGCUGAGUUGUGAAAUGCUCCCGAUUUAUACUUACGCCGCCAGAUGAUAUUUUUUGGGGAAAAGUGCGGGCUUCCGAGUUAAAUACAGAUGGUCUAUAUUUUAUA